UUUUUUUAUUUUCAAAGUGGUCAGAUUGGUUACUUGUCUCCCUCCCUCAAGCAUGACGAUACUUCCAUCCGCGAUUCCCUUACCGAACUUUGAGAAGGACCAGGUCGUUACUAGAACCGACAGCGUCAACAGUCUAGAGACGAUGUUGGCCACCCCGUUCCAACUGUUGGAUUUAACUAUUCCCAGGGAUCACUCGAUACUAUUGAGCAUAUUUUCCUUGUUGUUGAAUCUCGACGAUGCAAAUUUAAUCAUCACCAGAAAUCAUACCAGGAUCGGUACUCCCUCUCCUACCAGGUCAUCCCUACUUGAUAAUGUAUUUGUCCCAGGUGACAUCUGGUUACGUAAUAUUCCCAUCAAGGAUGUCGCCAUCAAGAACAACAUCAUUAACGAAAUCAACCAAAUGUUGGACUACGAAUUCAACAACGAACACUUGCAAUUUGAAGAUAUCACCUUAAACUACUAUCUGAAGCUACUCAUGGCUUACAAAGUCUAUGAUAUACCCGGACGAAUGUCCAACAGCCUGGAGCUUUCAUACGAACUUGACCGUAUGGGUAUUAUCCACGACGAGGAGGAACAAGACAUGUAUCUGAUGACAGAUACCGAUAGCAUCAGCGAUCCUAUCGAGCCUAGUUUUUAUCGCACCGUUUCCAACGACAGUAUUGGUUCAUUCAAGAUGUUUAGCAAGAAAGCCAGGUCCAGCACAAAACGGAUUCUGAGUAUGUUGUUGCAUCCCAGCAAAUCGUUUGAUUUCAGCACCAGCACCGUUGCGUUGCCAGCAUUAACUGAAACCAACGGAAGCAGUAGUACCAUUAACGGAUAUAGUCCAACCAAAAUCCACAGUCAUAGCCAAAGUCAUAGUAUUAGUCAUGGGCAAAAUCACAGUAUUACUCAUGGUCCAAAUAUCAGUCACAACAGUUAUCCUUUCCCUAUCAGUCAUAACACACACAGCCAAAGUCAUAAUAGCACCCCAAGCUAUACCCGCCCCCACAGCCACGCCCACACUCCUAGCAACGGAUCUAUCACCGGACCAGAAAAUACCCUCAGUUCCAUCCUUAGUAAAUCCAAAUUAUACUCUCGCGUCAAGAAGAAGCGAGAAUCAGCAGGAUCAAUUGCAUCCACCGGCUCCCGACUGAGUACUGCACCACCAUCAAGACCAAUAUCUGCACACAAAAUGACCACCACAACUACCCGAUCACCCCAUGAUAGUCAGCGACAAAGCAAUGAUGAGUUUGAGAAAUUAAAAGCACAACGACAGACAUACGAAUACUACAUGACGUUGAACAAACUACACAAGAAUUGCACCGACAUCAUCAAACGAUUGAACCAAAUGAGCAAGAGUGACGCAGGAUACAAGAAGUUCACUCGGUUCAUUGAGUUUAUUGAGAAGCAUAUACUUAAAUUCCUUGUUAUCGAUUUAAUGACGAUGGUUACCACUUACUGUAAAUUAAAAGCUAGAAAUUUUAACCAAAUAAAGUAGGACGUUACGACGGUUUAUAUUAGGAUAUGACAAUAUACAGAUAUGGGAUGUUUAUACACAUGUAGCUAACAUUCUCAGAAUCACUUCAAUCAAUUGCUCGUUUUCGCAAGCAGCAGCCACUCUUUCUUUAUCAUUCAACUGUUUAUUCACUUGGGAUUCACUUUGAUGCGAUCCUUCCUUGAUCAAGAGUUUGACUCGGAACUUGCCAGGCAAACUUCGGAUUAAACGGACUUUGAUUCCUAAUCCGAUGAGUGUGGCCAACGAGCAGUGGGUGAUGGUGGGAGUUAUUCUAAUGACAACUUCGGUGAGAUAUUUACUAGUGUUUAUUUCAAUGUCAUUGAGAUUGACCACAGCAAGUUGCCCCAAAGUCAAGGGAUGUUCUGGAUCAGAGAUGGUGGAUAUUAAAUCAAAGAUUUCUUGGGGAUCAAUAGGGUCCUCUUCUUCGUCUGAGUCUAUGUCUUCUUCUGAGUAUUCGUCUUCUUCUUCUAGUAACGACAACUUAAGGGCAUUACUAAUGAGUUUAUGAUUGGCAGAUAAUGUGGUACUGAAAGGAGAUCCAGUCUCUUGUCUCUUUGGGAGUUGGGCAAGGGACAAGAUGGUUG